AUGAUUCAAAAACUCUUAGGGAGUUGUUCUCACCCACCCAUAACCACUAACCCUCCAUCUUGCAUAGUAUUGCCUGCAACCACUACUACACAUUUUGAGUUGAAGCCACAGAUAAUCCACCUUCUUCCUACUUUUCAUGGAUUGGAUAGAGAAGAUCCUUAUAUGCAUGUGAAGGAUUUUCUUGAGAUUUGUGCUACUUGUAAGUUCCAGAAUUUCACUAAUGACUCUGUUCGCUUGCGUUUAUUCCCUUUUUCCUUGAAGGAUAAGGCAAAAACAUGGCUUAAUUCUUUGUCACCUGGAUCUAUCACUUCAUGGGAACUGUUGGUCACAAAAUUCCUCUCUAAAUUUUUCCCAAUGGCCAAGACCAAUGCUUUGAGGAGAGAAAUUGCAGAUUUUUUUCAGGAUGAACAAGAGAAAUUUUAUGAGAGUUGGGAGAGAUUUAAGGACUUGAUAUUUAAGUGUCCUCAUCAUGGUUUUGAAACAUGGAGACUAGUACAAUAUUUUUAUAAUGGUUUGACUCAAACAAACCGUAACAUGAUUGAGUCCAUGAAUGGUGGUGGAUUUUUGAGUCUUAGGGAUGAUGAGGCAUACAAAUUCCUUGAGAAUCUAUCAGAAAGAUCACAACAAUGGGAUUUUUCCAAUCGUAGAGAGAGAUCUGCCCCUGCAAUUAAGAAAGGAGGAUUGUAUGAAGUCAGUGAAGAUUUAGACAUAAAAGCUAGGUUGGACAAUCUCACUCGUAAGGUUGAAGCUUUAGCUUUAGGUAGAGGGAUGAAUUCUGUCAAUCAAGUUCAAAGUAAAACAUGCUCUAUUUGUGCAAGUCCUAUGCAUACAACACAAAUGUGUCCUUCCAUAGCUGGUUACCCUGAUUUUUAUACUGAGCAAGCAAAUGCAUUGAAUAAUUAUGGAAGGCCACUUGCUAGUCCGUUUUCAGAGACAUACAAUCCAAAUUGGCAAAAUCAUCCUAAUCUAUCUUGGAGGCAGAACCAUUCCCCCACAAAUGUAGGUGGACAACCAGUGCAUCAACAAAGUCAAUUUCGUCCACCUACUCAAGCAUAUCCUCCCAUUCCUCAAUCAACACCUCAGUUUGUAGCACCACCAAGACAACAAUCAUCUUUGGAGGAGUCUCUCAAAACUUUCAUGCAAUCAACUAGCCAAGCCAUUCAAGAGAUAAAAAGUUACACCCCUCUGAAUACUCAAGCUAUUUCAAAGUUGGAAAAUCAAGUUGGCCAGUUAGCAACCCAAGUUGGAGAGAGAGAAAAAGGAAAAUUUCCUAGUCAACCUAUACCUAACCCAAAAGGGCAAUAUGCCAUCAGUGGUUCUUCUAGUUCUACUCAUGCACAUGAAUCCGUUCAGUCUAUUACUACCCUUAGGUCUGGUAGACAGGUUGAUAAUCAAGUGAAAAUGCCAGAAGUGGAGGAUAAUGAAAAUACUGUGUUAGAGGAAAAAGGAGUUCAUAGUUCACAGGAUGAUCAUAGAGAAAAGAAGGGAAACUCACCCUCUAUUCCAAUUCAGGAUCUUAGUUCUUCCCCUCUUGAUAAGAAGUAUGUUCCUAAAGCUCCAUUUCCUCAAAGUUUAAUCAGUCCUAAAAAAAGUGCACAAUUUGGAGAUAUUUUAGAGGUUUUUAAGCAAGUGCAAAUUAAUAUUCCAUUUUUUGAUGCAAUUCAGCAAGUUCCUGCUUAUGCCAAGUUUCUAAAAGAUCUUGUGACAAUGAAGAGAAAGACAAAUGUCCCUAAAAAGGCAUUUUUGACAGAGCAAGUUAGUUCAAUCAUUCAGAAUAAAUAUCCAGUGAAAUGUAAGGACCCUGGAUCUCCUACAAUUUCAUGCAGGAUUGGGGACCAUCUCAUUGAGCGAGCUUUGCUAGAUAUGGGGGCAAGUGUGAACCUAAUGCCAUAUUCAGUAUACUUACAGCUAGGUUUGAGGGAGUUGAAACCCACAACCAUGACACUUCAAUUAGCUGAUAGGUCUAUGAAAAUCCCUAGAGGUAUUGUUGAGGAUGUGCUAAUUAAGGUGGAUGCAUUCUAUUUUCCUGUUGAUUUUGUUGUGUUAGACACUGAGCCUGCCCUAAAUGCUAGUACACAAAUCCAUGUCAUUUUGGGUCGCCCUUUCUUAGCCACAUCCAAUGCUUUGAUCAAUUGUCGGAGUGGUGUGAUGAAGAUUUCUUUUGGGAAUAUGACUGUUGAGCUUAAUAUUUUUGACAUGAGUAAGCAAGUACUAGACAAUAAGGAUAUAUGUGAGGUUAACAUUAUUGGGAGCCUAGUCCAUGACACUUUCCUACAAUCAAGUUGUGAGGAUCCCCUAAAGGCUUGCUUAACCCUUUUUUAUUGCAAUUUGGAUAUUGAAAAAUCAAUUGAAGAGGUCAAUGCAUUGUUAGAUUCUAUUCCUCUCUUAAGUACUAAUAGAUGGCAACCAAAAGUGAUCCCUCUUCCACUUUCUUCAUCCCCAUUCCCAUCUAUUGUAGAACCACCAAAGUUGGAUGACUUUUGGGAACACCAAUUGAUAAGUAUACUUCAAGAGCAUAAGGAAGCUAUAGGUUGA